AUGAGGAAAGUACUCAAGGUCUUUCAACAUCGUGCAAGGGCACGCCUUGAGCUCACUCGGGCUCGGAUGCAGCUGCGAAAUCUGUGCGACUACGAAAUCAUUGGACGCUACUGCGGGCUUCUGCUUUUCCCGUUUGUCAUCUACGUGUGUGUCGGACAAAUGCAGGGCUACAGUGAGAGUCGAAUCUGCGACUGCAUUGCUAGCCGGAAAGAUGUGCCCUGA